AUGGCUCAAAAAGGUUGUUGCCGCUCGGCCGGUAGGAAGAUGUCGCAGUCAGACUCCGUGAUUUGCACAGGUCCUGAUCUGGAGGACAGUCUCAUCUUUCUUGCUGGCACUAGCACCUGCAGCACGCUGGCCGAGGAACCGUGUGGUGGCGUGGCCAAGCGCAUCUUCGACACAAGUGAUCUUAGUUGGACGCCCGAUUUCGAUAGCUUCGGCCGACAUGCCAUCCCAGUUAUCGACGAGGGGCGCUUCACUUUGGACCAUGUCCUUCGCCCAUUUGCGAGGGGUUCGAAAGCGCAAAUCGAGAUUCUUUUGGACCAUGCGGCAGGAGACAUGAAGAUUCUCGCCAAGCGCUUCCCUUGUGACUAUCUUCAAGACGACUCGGCUUCCUUUCACCACUCCAACCCGCAAUCUGCAGAGGAUCCGUGGACCGAAAUAUUCCUUGGCCUGGUGCUGGGCAAGCAGAGAGCUUCCAGGGAGCAAGAUGUUGUCCCUGUCGUUCCAUCCUUCGGUGUCUACAGAGAUCUCCAGGACGAUGUUCUUUUGCUGAUGGAGUGGUCCCCGGGGGGAGACCUCUUCGAAAUCUCCAGUAGUCUGGGGGCGCCGGGCCCUGAGCGCGAAGAGACGGCAACACAACUGCUUUGCGCUUUGCUUGAAGCUGUGACGCGGCUUCACUGCAAGGGCAUCGCACAUGGAAACAUCUGUGCCGAGAAUGCGAUCCUGCGCGUCGUGGGCGCGGAGGUGGAGGUGGUCCUCAUCGACUUUGCUAUGGCAGUUCAUGACACAGAUCUGUCGGCCACAAUGGGUCCGCGAGGAAGUCUGAUGUACCGUGCGCCGGAGACGGUUGGUGAUAACGCCAUCUACGAUGCCCGGGCCGCUGACUUGUUUGCGUGCGGUGUGGUGGGUUACGUCUUGGCGACGGGAACGUACCCUUGGCAGAGCACAGCUGGCGACUGCAAGGCCUUCGCCUAUGUGCAGAAGAACGGCCCGAAAAAGUUCUUCGACAAGCGCACGAUCACCAUGGGCACAUCUAAGGUGCCCGUCUCGCAGGUGCUCUCCGCACGCCUCCAAUCCAUCCUCGCUCCCUUGUUGGACAUGAAUCCUGCCGAGCGCCGGGUGCUGUGGCACUGA